ACUGAUGCCGCACAAUAAUGUCAGUGCCACUUCGAAUGCCAAUCAGUGCAGAAGUCCAACCAGUUAAAUAAACGUAAGAUGCUGCUCUACGCAUCCGUCGCGGUGCUGGCAUGCCUCGGUGUCCUCAGCGACGCGCAGUACGUGAAGACUGUCAAAGGUGGUCAUGGAGGUGGACACCGGUACUAUGCCGGUGACAACCUUGUCAAGUACUUCGGAAACCGCACGCAGCAUGGCUAUGACAUGACAUCAGUCAACUAUGACGUCGGCGUGUGCUAUAUUGAAGUUCCGACUGCUAGUCUGGUGAGAGAUCCAGCUCACGUUCCAGCCGGGAAUGGCUCAAGACCAGACCUUAGCCGUAUCAGAUCAUGUUGCAAAGGCUAUGUGAGGAAUAUCCACAACUCGAGGCUCUGCGACCCGGUGUGCUCUCAAGAAUGUGUUAACGCUCUAUGCACGGCACCAGAGACCUGCACAUGCUUCCCUGACCACGUGAAGAAUGUAGCUGGAUUUUGUAUUCCGACGUGCCCUAUUGGCUGUCAGAACGGCCACUGCUCUGGCGGCGAAUGUCUCUGUAAAGAAGGCUACAAGCUGGAUUCAGAUAGCAAGUACUGCUUACCUGACUGUAAGGAGAACUGUGGUGGUAUUGGUAAUUGCACAGCUCCUAAUACUUGCGAGUGUAAAACCGGUUAUCAGUCGACACCUCAAGGGUCAUGCAAACCGUCCUGCGUCCACUGCAUUGACGGCGAGUGCGUGGCUCCCAACGAAUGCCGUUGCCGUCAGGGCUUCAGGACGGACGACAAAGGUCAAUGCGUACCACAAUGUGACCAAGGAUGUGGACCCAACGGUCGCUGUAUUGCACCCAAUGUUUGCGCAUUCGCAGCAAUUGAUUCGUCAACAGUAAGACCCGGUGUACUUAAUCAACAUGGACAAUAUCCUAACCAGCCUGGGUAUACAAGUCAAUACCCUGGUCAACCCGGGUAUCCACACCAAUCAGGUUACAGGCCAGGUCAACAAUCAAAUCAACCAGGUCAACAUAGUAAUCCUACAGAUCAUACAAGCAAUCGUCCAGAUCAACCAGGACAAUAUCCUGGGCAGCCCGGUCAUCAUCCAAACCAACCAGGAUACCGGCCAGGUCAUCAGCAAUUCCAACCAGGAUACCAACCAGGCCAAAACCCAAAUCAACCAGGGCAACAAACGAAUCAGUCAACUUUGUAUCCUGAUCAAUUAAGUCAAUAUCCUAGUCAGCCUGGUCAAUACCCAAAUCAACCUGGUCAGAAUCCUAAUCAGCCAAGUCAAAUCCCUAACCAACCAGGUCAAUAUCCUUACCAACCAGGUUCAUAUCCUAGUCAGCCAGGUCAACACCCUAAUCAACUUGGUCAACAUCCUAAUCUACCUGGUCAAUAUCCGAGUCAGCCAGGUCAACACCCUAAUCAACCUGGUCAACAUCCUAAUCUACCUGGUCAAUAUCCCAGUCAGCCAGGUCAACAUUCUAAUCAACCCAGUCAAUUUCCUGACCAAUCUAGUCAAUACCCUACUCAAUCUGGACUAUACCCCAAUAUAUCUGGCCAGCCUGGAGAAAUAUUAAACCAAACAGAUCGUCCAUACCAGCCCAAUCAAUAUCCAUAUCAAGCAGGACAACAUCCUGUUCGACCUGAUCUACCCAACUUAAAUGGCUCUCGAGAUCACCCAGGUCAGCAUCCUAAUCAACCGAACCAAUAUCCGUACCAUCCCGGGUAUCCCCAGCCCGGCCAAUACCCGAUUAUACCUGGACAGUAUCAACCCCUGCCCGGUCCUUACCCAUUCCAACCUGGUCAAUCUCCGAAUCAAAACAUGUAUACGUACCCUGGGCAGGAUUACAGGCCAUUGUACCCGGAAAAUCAAUAUUCUCCUGACAGUGAUGUUCAAGUUAUGUGCUCCGUGACAUGUAUCAAUGGAUACUGUAUUGAAGGGAAUAGAUGUGGUUGCAACCGAGGUUAUGUAUUGGACAAAGAAGAUCCAUCGGAAACCAGGUGUAUCCCUCAUUGUCCUGGCGGCUGCCAUAAUGGAGUUUGUUCUGGGCCUAACUUCUGCAUCUGUAAUAUGGGCUAUUACAAAGACCGUAGUGUCAAAGGGAGAGCAAUUUGCGUCAAGCGCAUACGAAGGUCGAUUUCUCUAACUCCGUGAAUAUUGUAAAAAUUGAAAAAUUAUGUACUUCAAACAUAAUCCUACAAGGCUACUUCGUAAAAUAAAACGCAUUGGUAAUGUUUG